CAACGAUAGGAACCUGUUAUAUUCCCCAAGCAAGGCUUCAAGUUACCAGACUUCUCCUCUCAAAAGAGACAAAGGUCUGAAAAAUGGUCUUCGUAUCCUUUCAUCCCUGCAUCAGAUUCUGAAUGAAGACUGAAGCUGUUUUGCUGUGAUACCAUUCUCAGCCUGUCAUUGGGAGUGACAACCUACGGGGCUGAGCUUUUCAGUUCAGAGCAGCUCUUCUGGAAACAGCAUCAGACUAUUGCCUUGCAUCUGCUUUCUCUAUCCAGCCCCCAGCUGGAAGGGGCUACAGUUCAGUCAAUACAGAAGGAAACAACAGGAUCCUGUAGUCUCUAAUAGAGGUAGCACAAUAACUUCGUCCACCUCCGAGAUUUACUGUGUCUCCUUCCAACACUGAAUGACUGUCAACUAUAGUAGGACGGCUGCACAGUCGAUGAUAACCAGUUGCUGAACUGAUGUUACAGCUGCUGCUUUAUUCUCAGGAUCAUAGCUGACAGUUUUGUGUUUCCUUUUAUCUUCCCUCCAGCGGACUCAGAUUGGGCCAGCAACAGCAGGGGACAUGGCUUGCCACAUUUACAGCUUGGUACUACUGUUUCUAAUUUUUCAGAACAGCUGCUUGAGUUUCCGAAGCCCCUUAUCUGUUUUCAAGAGGUAUCAAGAAACUGCCAGGGCUUCUUCCAGUGACUGCUCAAGACCAAGACAGCAGAUUUUGUCUGUUGAUGGAACAGAUUUUUCCUUGGAUAUUCAGAUGCCUGGUAUUACUCCAGAAAAGUCUGACAGCUACUUCUGUAUGCCAGUAAAAGUGCCAUUUGAAGAAGAGAUGUAUGUUGUUGAUUUUAAGCCACGUGCCAGCAUGGAUACUGUUCAUCAUAUGUUGCUCUUUGGAUGUGGGGCACCUGCAUCUAGUGACAGUUUCUGGUUUUGUGACGACUUCUGCUGCAUGCAUAGGUGCAAUAUACUACUGGCCUGGCCCAGGAGGAAUCCCCCAAUAAGACUCCCCACUGAUGUUGGCUUUAGAGUUGGUGGGAAAUCUGGUAUUCGUUAUUUUUUGCUCCAAGUACAUUAUGGAGAUGUGAAUGCAUUCAGAGAUCAGCAUAAAGAUUGCUCUGGAGUUACAUUAAGGAUGACAAGUAAAAAGCAACCACUACUUGCUGGCAUUUAUCUUUUGAUGGCUUUAGACACUAUUAUACCCCCAGGGAAAAAAGUGGUGAAUGCAGACCUUGCUUGUGCGUAUCAGAAUUAUCCAUUGUAUCCAUUUGCAUACAGAGUACACACUCAUCAUCUAGGUCAAGUAGUAAGUGGCUACAGAGUACGUGAUGGAAAGUGGGAUUUGAUUGGAAGACAGAGUCCCCAGCUUCCACAGGCAUUCUAUCCAGUUGAAAACGAGCUGCAAGUGGAAGAUAGUGAUAUAUUAGCAGCCAGAUGUAUGUUCACUGGAAAAGACAAAACAACUUCUACACACAUUGGAAGCACUUCGAAAGACGAAAUGUGUAACUUCUAUAUCAUGUACUACAUGGAAGCAAAGCAUGCUAUUCCCUACAUGAGCUGCACUGACGAUGGGAUGCCAGAAUUAUUCAGAAGCAUACCUGAAGAGGCAAAUAUUCCUAUUCCUGUCAAACCGGAUAUGAUGCAUGGACACCAUGGAGAUAUGAAGGAUACUGAUGACAGUUCUGUACUGCAGCAGCCCAAAAGAGAAGAGGAGGAAGUUCUGGAUCAAGGUGAUUUCUAUGGUCUCCUUUCCAAGCUGCUAGGAGAAAGGGAAGACGUUGUGCAUGUGCACAAAUAUAACCCAACUGAAAAAGCUGACUCAGACCUAAUAGCUAACAUUGCUAAUAUAGUUCAAAAGAAGGAUUUGGCUUGGUCUGAUCCCAGGGAGUUUGCAGGCCAAGAUGAGAGGGCUGCUACAGUUCUUGUGAGAGACAGAGUGCACAAGUUCCACAGGCUGGAGUCUACCCUGAGACCUCCUGGCACAGGGCUUUUCUCAUCGCAGCAACUUUAUCCUGGUUGGGGAAACAGGGAGAGAGAAAUCCAAGGAGGUUUUCACUUAGAAGAAGCCAUUGAAUGGCCAGGCAGCAAGCUACAGCUAGGCCAGGUUUCAGGGUUGGCACUAGACUCCAAGAACAACUUGGUCAUUUUCCAUCGAGGUGAUCAUGAAUGGGAUAGCAACUCUUUUGACAGGCAGUAUGUUUAUCAACAACGAGGCAUUGGACCUAUUGAACAAAGUACCAUUCUUGUGGUAGAUCCAGUUGAUGGAACAGUACUCAAAUCCAGUGGAAAAAAUCUAUUCUACUUGCCUCAUGGUUUAACCACUGACAAAGACGACCAUUAUUGGGUGACUGAUGUGGCACUCCAUCAGGUGUUUAAACUGGGAUCUGGAAAUGAAGAAGCCCCCUUGUUAACCCUGGGAAAGGCAUUCCAGCCCGGCAGUGAUAAGAGCCAUUUCUGCCAGCCCACUGAUGUGGCAGUGGAUCCAGUAUCGGGUGCAGUCUUUGUAUCAGAUGGCUACUGCAACAGCAGAAUCCUAAAAUUCUCACCCUCAGGAGAUUUUGUCAUGCAGUGGGGGGAAGACACUCCAUUUUUUGGUAUAGCUAAACCUGGGCAAUUCCGUGUACCUCACAGUUUGGCAUUGGCACCAUCUUUGGGUCAGCUUUGUGUAGCUGACAGAGAAAAUGGACGCAUUCAAUGUUUCAAGGCUGAAACAGGGGAAUUCCUGCGGGAAAUCAAGCACAAAGAAUUUGGAGCAAUGGUCUUUGCUGUUGCUUAUACACAAGAUCAUGGUGGUCUGCUUUAUGCAGUAAAUGGAGUACCUUUGAUUAAGUCAACAACACCUGUGAUGGGAUUUGCAAUGAACUUUUCAAAUGGAGAAAUAAUAGAUGCUUUUAGACCGGUUACAAAGGGAUUCAUUAUGCCCCAUGAUAUCGUAGCAGCAAAUGAUGAUGUAGUAUAUGUUGGAGAUGCACAUGCCGAUGUAGUUUGGAAGUUCACCAAUGCAGGAAGAGUUGAACAUCGUUCUGUGAAAAAGGCUGGUAUUGAAGUUCAAGAGAUAGAAGAAACAGAGACCAUACUACAAACCAGAGUAAAAAGCAAGCCUGCAUCAACAGAGGCAGUACAGUUGGAAGAACCUAAGAUGAAGGAUGCUGUAAAGCAGACAGCAUCAGGUGUUUCACCUGUCCUUAUUACAACAUUGUUGGCAGUCCCAAUUGUCGUUCUUAUUGCAAUAGCAGUAUUCCUCCGCUGGAGGAAAACCAGACAUUAUGGAGAUAUUGACAGCAAACUGGAUUCUUCCUCUGCAGGAAUCUUAGGAAAACUUCGAGGGAAAGGUAGCAGAGGACUGAACCUUGGAAACUUCUUUGCCAGCCAUAAGGGUUACAGCAGGAAGGGAUUUGACCGGCUUAGCACUGAAGGCAGUGAUCAAGAAAAAGAUGAUGAAGAUGCCACAGAUUCUGAAGAAGAAUACCCAGUCCCAAUGCCAACGUCUUCAUCUUCAUGAAGUCUACAAAAUUACUUAUAGUGAAUGCCAUGUUUUAUUUUAUUUUUUUUUUAAUUUAGCACGUGUGUAAAUGGUGUGUACUUGUAACUGUAUUUGUCUACUUUGGUUGUACUUCAGAACAGUUUUAAGGGGUUUGUUUUAUGAUGUGUAUGUGUGUGUGUGUGCGUAAUUCCAUAAAUGUGCUAUGGCACCUUUUACAUGGACAGUCUUAUUGUCUUUUCUUACAGUUGAAGCCAAACAUUCUUAACUACAGUGCAAAUUUUACAAACAGUAUUUCUUACUUUUUACUUCCCUUACUUUUCAUGUAUGUUUGUAAAUAAUUUGUUUUAAGACUACACUCUUUUUAAUCCCAGUCAUGCUUAUGUUAACACUAUGUUAAGUUCUGUUGUGCCUUCUCUUAACUCAGAGCAUUCUUAGCUUCCAGCAGUAUGGAAUGAAAAAAAAAAGAAAAUUGUGCCACAUGUAAACAAAGCUGCUAAGCAUCUUUAGUCUUCUUGGAGUAUAUCAUGUUCAUUUGUAUUGCAUCCAGGGAAAGAGAAAUUAUUCUGUAUUUAAAAAUUAACUAUUUUUUCUGAUUUGGUGUAUUAAUUGGGGUGUGUAUUUAUUGUGAAAAAGAGAGUUAUACUGUUAGAACGCUAUUUUCAGAAAUAAUGUAAUUUGUGUAAUAAAGUGAUCUCAGAGCAUUA